CUUCAUGCUUCGCUGUGUGUCUGGAGGCGGAGUUCAGUGUUAUAAAGUCCUCUUUGAAACAACAGUGGAGUCAGUAGUAGUUCUCACCUUCACUGGAAUACAGAGUUUUCACAUACUUUGUUGAUUUAACCUCGUUUUUCAUUGAUUUCUAACAAAAAGCUGAGAAAGGUUCAACUUUCACCUGCAGGAGAAGUUGAACUAACGUCACGCGUGAUAGGUGCUCCUGAGGUUAAAAAUGAAGCACCUCUCCUUGUCGCUCCUUUCCACACUGGUGAUCUUGUACAGCCAUACAGGUGUGCAGUCCCAAGCACCCACCUAUGGGGAACGGGGCUCAGAUCUUGGCAUACAGGUGUUUCAGCAAGUAGUCCGCUCCAAGCCUCUGGAGAACGUGGUUCUGUCACCUCAUGGAGUAGCUUCUGUCCUUGGGAUGUUACUGCCGGGAGCACAUGGGGAGACCCGGAAACAGGUCCUCAACGCUCUGCGCUACAAGAAGAACGGUCCGUACAGGAUGCUGAAGAAACUGCACAAAGCCUUGACAGCAAAGUCCAACCAGGACGCCGUGCUGAUCGCCAACGCCAUGUUCAGCCAGCAGGACUUCCCCAUGGAGGCACCAUUUGUAGCCACCAACAAAGACAACUUCCAGUGUGAGAGCCGUAGCCUGGACUUCAGCAACCCUGAAGCAGCCGCAGAGGAAAUCAAUGCAUGGGUCAACAACAAGACCAAAGGUCACAUCCCCAACCUGAUCAAAGCCGACAUGCUGGACCCAGCUAUGACCCGUCUGGUUGCUGUCAACUCGAUCUUCUUCAAAGGGUUAUGGAAAUCCCGCUUCCAGCCCGAGAACACCAAGAUGAGGCCCUUCACCGGGGGCGACGGAAACGCAUACAAAGUUCCGAUGAUGUCCCAGCUGUCUGUCUUCAACAUCGGUGUAGCCACCACACCUCAGGGCCUGAAGUACAAGGUGAUCGAGCUGCCCUAUCACGGCGGCUCCAUCAGCAUGCUGAUCGUUCUGCCGACUGAAGAUGAAACCCCUCUGUCCCGUGUCAUCCCGCACAUCAGCACGGCCACGGUGCACAGCUGGACCUCGCUGAUGCACACGAGGAAAAUCCGCCUGCUCAUCCCCAAGUUUACUGCUGAUGCCGAGGUGGAUCUGGAAGCCCCCCUCUCAGCACUGGGAAUAACAGACAUGUUCAGUGAGGCGAAAGCUGACUUCAGACACAUCAGUGCUGAGCCUCUCCAUGUAUCCAGGGCUCUGCAGAAAGCCAAAAUCAUUGUGAAUGAAGAUGGAACAAAAGCAGCAGCUGCCACAGCUGCCAUUUUGCAGACUCGGUCCUCCCCACCCUGGGUCACAGUGGACAGACCAUUCCUCUUCCUCAUCAGACAUAACCCCACAGGAACCAUCCUCUUUAUGGGCCAGAUCAACCAGCCUUAAGUCCAGAUCUCACUGGCCCGCCUCCUGGAGCAUCAUAGGCCAGUACAGGAAAUGCUUCUACACUGCCACGCAUGAACACAGACGUCCAUAUAAACACACACAUACACAAACUUUGCUGUAGACUCAUGUACAGUGUGGACAUACGAUGUUAUUUGUUUUAAAUAUUGCUUUUUAUGUUACCUGUUUUGUGUAACAAAUAACAUGCUUUAUACAAAUGUUCUGCAGACUAAAUUUUCCAGCUGUUUUAAUUUGUUUUAUACUUUUUUGAAUUUAUUACUUUUUUUAAAAGACUUUGAAUGUCGAGUUGUGUAUUUCUUCAACUCUGGAGUAGUGUAUUAAGUUUGUUUAUCAUGUCAUUGUUUCAGUGUUAAUGUUCCUUAUUUUAAGUCAUGUCACUCCAGUCUGUUAAUUUUCACUUCUGAGCUGUGGCAGCAUGUUUGUAUUGCAUCAAGCUUCUUUGCCUUGAGUGUUUCCCUCACCGGGGAAGUCUUCUGUUCUCGUUCUGCCAUCAUAUUUGCUCAAAUAAAUACACAUAUUUAUAACAUCA